UUUUAUUAAAGAAGAGCUGUCAGUGUGGUUCUUUGUUCCUCUUUUAUUAAAGAAGAGCUGUCAGUGUGGUUCUUUGCUCCUCUUUUGAUAAAGAAAUUCUGUCCAGAUGUGAGAGAAAGUGCAGCUACAGCUACAGUAUUUGAUUGAUUCUGAUUAUAAAUGAAGCCCUUGGUCAGUUUGAGAGCAGUCAUCAGUCUAGCAGCAGAUUUUUUUUAUGAACUGCUGAAACCAGCCAAUCAGGAACAAGUACAGAAGUGCUCCUGACCUAGAGAGUUUAUUUUUGUUUAUCUGAGACUGGAGUGUGGUUCCAAACCCACUGAAGCUCUGUGUCUGUGUUUAGUGUAUAACUGGACGGUGGAGCAGGUGCUGGACUGGCUGGUGGUCAGCGUGGAGCUUCCUCAGUACUCAGAGACGUUUAUGAGAGAGCAGCUGGACGGGAAGGCUUUACCCAGGCUGGCGGUGAAGAACACCACGCUGACCGUGUCUGUGCUGAAGAUUCUGGACCGGAGUCACGCUCAGAAACUUCAGCUCAAAGCUCUGGACAUCGUUCUGUUUGGACCGCCGCCAGGCAGACAGAACCGGUGGAAGGACCUCGUUCUGGGCGUGUCCAUCCUGAUGGCGCUGGGCGGCUGCUGGUUCGCCUACGUUCAGACCAGGAAGUCCAGAGACGACCUGGGGAAGCUAAUGAAGGACCUGGAGGGUCUCCAGAAGGCCGAGGAGAGCCUGAUGGACCUGCAGGAGAAGCUGCAGAAGGCUCAGGAGGAGCAGCGCUGCGUUCAGGUGGAGAAGGUGAAGGUAGAGGAGGAGCUGAGGAACGAGAUCAGCUCAGCCAAACAGGAAGCUCAGCGUCUGCGAGAGUUGCGAGAGGGAACAGAGAACGAGAGGAGUCGGCAGAAGUACGCGGAGGAAGAGCUGGAGCAGGUCCGCAUGGCACUGAAGAAGGCGGAGCGAGAGCUGGAGUCACGGACUCGCUGGGCUCCACCUGAACCUCUGCAGAAGUGGCUGCAGCUGACGCACGAGAUCGAAGUUCAGUACUACAACAUCAAGAAACAGAGCGCCGAGAGGCAGCUGCUGCAGGCCCGAGAGGGGGCAGAGAAGAUCAAGAAGAAGAGGAGUUCUCUGUUCGGGACUUUUCACGUGGCUCACAGCUCUUCACUGGACGACGUCGACCACAAGAUCCUCUCUGCCAAACAGGCCCUGGCAGAGGUGACGACAGCGCUGCGGGAGAAGCUGCACCGCUGGCAGCAGAUUGAGUCUUUGACGGGUUUCUGUGUGGUCAAUAACCCCGGUCUGGGAGCGUUGGCUGCUGCUCUGAACCUGGACCCGUCCUUCCUGGGCCUGAAACCUCCGACCCCUCAGCACCUCCUCCUCUCUGAUGACCUGGACGACAUGGACGAGGACAUCCUGUCUCCGGGGACGCUGCAGUAUGCAGCGUGGCAGAUGGACCGGCGAGUGAGUGACCUCUGGCCCCUGAGUGGCAUCGCAGACACCCAGUCGUCAUGGAAACACUCAGCUCAGAGUCUGAUGCCCCUGCGACCGAGGAUAGGAGACCCCGCCAUGAUGUUCGGCUCUCAGAGAGACAUCCUGAACCGCUCAGACUCUGACUCCGCCCUCCCUCUCUCUCACGAGGAGUCCCGAAGUCUCUACAGCUCCAAACCCUUCCUCCUUUCCUCCAGGCUCCACCCCCUACAGGGUCACAGCUCCGGGGGAGGAGGAGGAGGGGGCUUGGAGAAGAGCUCCAGCCUGGGGGAGCUUAGGGGGAGCUCUGCCGCCGUCCUGGCCUCUGCCUGCUCCACCCGCUCCCUCUGCAUCUCGUCCAGUGCCGCCGACAGCCCCGCCGUCUUCCCGUCCUCCGCCUCGUCCAGCUCGUCGGGGAGCGGACGGGGGCCGGGCCUCCCUCUCCCGACCAGGAGGAGUCCUGUGGAGGAGGACGGGGCCGAGGAGAGCGAGUCGACGGGCAGCCGGAGGAGAAACGCUUUUAAUAAGAUCUUUAAGAAGAAGCAGGGGCGCCACUGAACGCACAGAACUGUUUUAUACUUCAUCUUUCACAAAUCCUCGUCACCAUGAACCAGACUGUCGCUCACCGCAAACGUCACAUUUCUGCUUUUUUAUUCAAUUUCCUGAAAACUGUUGGGUCAUUUUUCUGAAUCACUGAGGAAAGGUCUGAGGAAGAACUUCACAAGGACAGAGCGAUGUGUUCUCGAUGGAAAACUACACCGAGGGAUAUUUUUGAUUUUUUUUCUUUAUUUGAACAGAAAAUAUGGUCGAAGCUUUGAGAAAAUCUUCAUUUUCUUGUGUAGAAGCCAAAAAAGUUUCAAGAAACCAAAAUAAUCCCUGACCCCAACCUGACCUUGACCCCAACGAGCAUAAAGACUGUGAACAGCAAACAGAAAACUGGACUGAAGUUUGUUUUUCUUCUGUUUCUUUAAUUUAGAAAUGAAAUAUGGCAGAAGUCCUGAGAAAAUGUUUUUGAUGUAAGAGCCAAAAAAGGGUUCUUUAUAUUUAUAAUAUAAUCUAGAAAACUCGGUUCCACCGAUAUACAGAAAUGUCAUCACAAUUACAAACGCAGUCACCAACAUCCCACCCUAACCCUAACCCCUACUCCUAACGUAGACCCUACCCUAACCCCUUAACCCAGCGGUGUCAAACUCAUCCACAGCAGGGGCCGGAUUCUGAACUUGGUCUAACCUGAGGGCCUAAAAGGGUCAACAUUUAACCAUGAACUGUAAAACUUAUUUUCACAGGUAAUUCAUUAAGGGGGAGAAAAACUGAUGAUAA